AUGGCUACAAAGAAGAAAUAUUUAGAUCGGGGAACAAUUGAAGUACAGGGAAAUCGUAGUGUGAUUUUGCAGAAGACAUUUCCUCCUAAAGUCAAAGAUCCGGGAAGUUUUACUAUUCCUUGCACUAUUGGGAAUUGUGAUGUAGGAAAAGCUCUAAUUGAUUUAGGGGCUAGUAUCAAUUUGAUGCCCUUAUCAAUGCUAAAGAAGAUUUGUGGUCUUAAGGUCAAACCUACAAAGAUGGUGUUGCAAAUGGCGGAUAGAUCUACCAAGAAUCCCUACAGUAUAGUGGAGGAUGUUGUGGUACAAGUUGACAAACUUAAAUUCCCAGUGGAUUUUGUGGUGAUCGAGAUGGGGGAGGAUUUGAAAAUCCCUAUCAUUCUUGGAAGGCCAUUCAUGAAGAGAGCUAAGGUUGUCAUCAAUGUAGAUGAUGGAGUUUUAAUGCUUAAACACCAAGAUGAAGAGGUGAUUUUCAUGUCUUUGAUGAUGGGCAACCGAUUCAAGAGAAGAAGACUAUCCCAAAAGAUACAAAGUUGUUAA